UGCCGCUCUCUGCACGGGCGCGGGGGCCGCCUUAGAGCCGGGGUGGGAGCCGCCGGGCAGCGCUGCGCCCUCGCGCCUCCGGUGUUGAGAAGAAGCGGGGCGAGGUCGGACCAUGUCCGUCCCGCGGCGCUAUCUUUGCCUCGCCAGCCGGGCGGCUGGAGUCACCUCCGCCCCGAUAGGGCUGCCGCUGCUCGAGGGAGCCCGUCGGCGUCUCCUCGCCUCCCCCGGGCCGAGCGCGGCCGGGACCGGGCCAUGGUGGCCGCGGCGACGAAGCUGCGGGGGUCCGGGGGCGGCGGGUGGCGGAUUCCGGCCGGAGCGCGUGGCGGUGGUGGUGAAGACGACGCGCUACGAGUUCGAGCAGCAGCGGUACCGCUACGCGGGGCUGUGCGAGGAGGACCUGAAGCAGCUGCUUGCCUUGAAGGGAUCUAAUUACGCUGGUCUAUUAGAGCGGCAUCGCAUUCAUACAAAAAAUGUGGAGCAUGUUGUAGACAGUUUACGGAGUGAGAAGAUAGAAGUCCGUCUUGUUAAACGUCGAGAAUAUAAUGAAGAGACAGUUCGAUGGGCAGAUGCUGUUAUAUCUGCAGGAGGUGAUGGUACAAUGCUGUUAGCAGCCAGUAAGGUCUUUGAUAAAUUUAAACCAGUUAUUGGAGUAAAUACUGAUCCUGAAAGAUCAGAGGGUCACCUGUGCUUGCCUGUGAGGUAUACACACUCAUUUCCUGAAGCACUACAGAAGCUUUAUCGUGGUGAGUUCAGGUGGCAGUGGCGACAAAGAAUCCGACUGUAUCUGGAAGGAACUGGUAUUAACCCUGUCCCUGUAGAUUUACAUGAACAGCAGCUGAGCCAAGAACAACACAGCAGAGCUCAUAUAAAUGAAAGAUUCCAGGAUCAAAGAUCUGAUGUUUCUGGUCCACAUCUUUUACCAGUAAGAGCACUCAAUGAAGUCUUCAUUGGGGAAUCUCUUUCAUCCAGGGAGAACUUUAAGUCCUGCAAACCCAGUUUUAAAUUCUCGCUUCAUAGGGCCUCCUAUUAUGAGAUAUCAGUUGAUGAUGGUCCUUGGGAAAAGCAGAAGAGUUCAGGGCUCAAUGUAUGCACAGGAACAGGAUCAAAAGCAUGGUCCUAUAAUAUUAACAAGGUAGCAAAUCAAGCUGUUGAAGAGAUUCUUAAUAUCGCUAAAAAGCAUGGAAGUUUGAAUAUGCCACUGAACACAGAACUAGUACAAAAAGUAACAAAUGAUUACAAUGAAUCCCUGCUUUAUAGUCCAGAAGAACCAAAGAUGUUUUUCAGCAUCCGAGAACCUAUUGUAAACAGAGUUUUCUCUAGCAGUCGGCAGCGUGGCUUCUCUUCAAAAGUCUGUGUCCGUUCUCGUUGUUGGGAUGCAUGUAUGGUUAUAGAUGGAGGAACAUCAUUUGAGUUCAAUGAUGGCGCAAUAGCUUCAAUACUGAUUGAUACGGAGGAUGCACUGUGCACUGUUCUGUUCGAAGAAUGAAAGAACCCUAGUGUCUUCUGCUGAAGCAAUUCUGGAUCCAGAGAGAGAACUCCUGGAGAAGGACAGCACAUCGUAAUGCUGCAUUAAUUUGGAAGUUGGCUUUUUUUUGGUUGUAAGAGAAAUUGGAGAAAAACUGAGGUGCUUUUCAUUCCUUGGGUUGGGGAUAUCUUGGAAGCCUAUUUAUGCUGUUUUUGCAUCUGGUGUAUAAGAAAUGUAUCUGAAGUCUUACCUCUAAGUUCAGUGGAGAUUGACAUUUUUUAACCUGUAUGGCAAAUGUGAAUAUCUUUUUGAACCAUGGGUAGAUGGGUUUAAAUACUAAGUCAGUAGCACUCAAUAUUCAGAUGUACAGUUUUUUAAUAAGUGUGGAACUGGUUAAAAAAAAAUAAAUAUCUUCAUACAUCCACUUUUGUAGAAAAUCUGUCAAAAUCUAGAUAUUUGGUGCAAGGAUAUAUAGAUUUUGGUAACUGCUAAUGUUGAUGUAAUAGAAACACAAAUCUUUUGUAUGCUUUUCAGAAAUUUUACAACUUUGUAGUUUCAUAUGAUUCAUGACAAAUUUCUUGGCUCAUCCAGUUUUUUUUUCUACUUUGUAGAUUUGUAUCAAAAGUGAAAGCCUGGUUUAAUUUCCAGCUCUUUCAUAUUUUCAGUGAGGUAGCUCCUUCCUUUGCUCUUUGAGUAGAGGGAGACUUGAAACUUAAGGCUUUUAUUGAGCCCUUUGCUAUGAAUAUGAAACUACAGAAAAUGUGCUUAAGACAGUUCCUCAUUGACUGGAGUAUAUGGCUUGCAGAUGUCCACUCACAGGGUGUGAAGUUAUCAUAAAGAAAGAUACGGACCUUAAGUUGAAUGAUUUGAAGUUUUAGGUUCUGAGUUUCUUUACAACUGCAGAAUAAUGAAAUGCGCUCAGCUGAGUCCUACUAUGUAGGCUGCUGUGAAAGCAAUGCUUCCUGCUUCUUUCUGUGGAAACAACAAUGGUAUAAGGAGCACAGUAACACUUCUUGAUUGAGCAAAUUCUCAGCUACAAAAUACUGUUUCUCAACAGUCACCACUACUGAUCAGCAGUGAAUGCAGGCUUGCUCAUAAAACUGCACCACAGCAUGAUGACCCACUGUUGCAGCCACUGCUAAAACAUACCACUCACCAUGUUGUGCUCACAUCCACUGUUUGUUCUCCUUGAACAUUCAGGAAGUGUCAUUGAAUGUCAGUGGGUGCCACUUUUUGCACAUGAAGGAGUUCAGUUGCAAACCUUUGGUUCAUCUGCACUUCCAUGUCAGGUGCCAUUUUGUCAGACUGCCCCUCUGCUGCCAUCUGUCACGUGGCAACAACAUGUAAUGGAAUAUUGGUGGGAAGGUUCCUCCUAUACUGCCAUACCAUCAACAUCUGCUUGUGACAUAACAGGCCAAUAAAAGAGGAGACAUUACUUUUGGAGCAGCCCUUGUAGUUAGAGUGCAAAUAAUACUUACAUGUUACCCUGUUAAUUUCCCCACAAAAUUUAUGCUGAAUUCUAACUGAUACUGAAUUGACAACAAAUAUAGUUUUAUGUGCCUCUGAUUAUGUAUGCUAUAAAAAACUGGUUGUAGAAGAGGAAGUGACUUUGUAGAUACUGUUUUAGAGAAACUGUGAACUUUGCCUUUGAAAAUCUGUGCUGAAUAAUGCAUAGAUCAGAGGGCAGAAUUUGACAAAAUGAAGAUUUCUACAGCAGGAACUCUUCUGACACAUGACUUGAAAAAAAGUUUUUUUCCUGUCUACUAGGAAAAAUGUAUUUCCAAAAGUGAGUUUUUUCAAACUACUUUUGAAUGAAGAGACUUCUGUAAUAGAUGUUCUCAGUUUUAAUGGGGAUGUUCUCCAGUGUGGCCAAUCAAUGUAUUUAUUGCCAAUCACAAAAUAUAAACUUUUAUAGCUGUAGGAAGUGUAUGAAGGAUUUUUCUUUCACACUGUGUUAGUUUUUGUAUUCAGUUAGAAACAGAAUUUAGAAAUGGGUUUCAGUUCUAAGAAAAACCUGGUAUCUAUGGAACUUGUUAAAAAUAAGCUAUCACUGUGUUGUGCACAUUUCACCUUUAAGUGUGCUGUAGACCAAUUUAUUCACCUGAUCUUGAGUUAUCUGGACUAUAGAGCAGAAGAGGAAAAGCAAAACAGCCAAAUAUUCUUUCAGAACUAUAUAAAGAGCAAAGCUCUUAAUACCUAAAGUAGUUUGCAGAAUUUAUCUAAAUGUAAAGAUGCAAGACUUUAAAACAUUGGCCACACAGGAUAAGGUUACUCAUAAUCCCUUCAUAGCCAGUUAUAGAUUGCCCUACGUGCCUUUUGUCCAGGAUACUCAUCCACUUGGUGUUAAGAUUCAAAAAGCAAUGCCAGUAACAUUAAUUUAUGAUUUCCUAGGACUUUACCAACAACUCUGAGAUUAAAAUCUUAUUUAGUUACUCAGUUUAGCUGCAUAAGUAAAAUUUUCUGGCAAGGAACCUAUAUGCUACUUAUUCAGAGACAUUUGUGCUGUAAUGUUUUAAAGAUUAGCCUGAGUCGGUUGUGUUCCUGAUAAAAAUACUCUUACUCUGAAGGUUGAGACUAAAACACAAUGUUUUCAAGUCCUGUGUACCCAAAGUAUAAUCUGAUUUAGGGUUUACAUUUUGCAGUUAAGUUCCUGACUGUUACUUAGCAAACCGUAAACCUGACCUACUCAUGAGUGGCCUCUACUGGUUUUGUCUGUAUUUUAAUUGCACUUCUGUUAUAGCAUUUACUGGUGAAUGCUUGAUUUAAAUAACAAGGAUGGGAUAGAGAUCUAUAAUAGAUAAUCAGUAAGCAGCUACCUUUUCUAUUAAAGAAUUGUAAAAUCCUUUGUUAUAAAGGAAAGCAGUAGAGACAACUUACCUUGUAGACAAUGUUCUGUGACAGGGCUGAGUAUUGGUAUAACACUGAUUUAUUUGGCCUGGACUGGCACUGAACUCUUCUACCUGCUGAAUCAAAUAAAAUCCAUGGUGUCAUCUUUUAGUGCCAGUCCACACUUGUGUUCUGCUAAACUAAACAGGUUGUCUUUGCUUUUUUUUUUUUUUAAUUUCUACAUUAUGUAAUAAAAUUAAAAGUUUAAUAGAUGCUUGAAGUUGUCCCAGGCCUGAUUUCAACUUAAAUAUAUAUAUAUAAUGCA